GACAACAAAGAACCAGUUUUCUUCACGCGAUACCCCAUUUCUGUAGACGUUAAGCCCCACUGAAGACCCUUGUUUUGGUUUACCAGACGACUGACCUUGUUUUGAUCCGUUAAAUCAACUUGCAUCUGUAGACCUCACCUGCAAAUAUCAACAAAUGACAAUAACAUUAAAAUGGAACCUGAUGAUGUUAUAAGUUUUCAUCAGUGUGUUGUAUGUGAUGAAAUUUUUGAACAACUUGAUGAUUUAGAAAGACACUACUAUGUGCAUGUUAAAGAAGAGAAAACUGAUGAUGUAGAUGAAUACUGUCAUGUUACAGAAGAGAAAACUGAUAAUGUUGAUGAAUAUUGUCAUGUUAAAGAAGAGAAAAUUGAUGAUGUAGAUGAAUAUUGUCAUGUUAAAGAAGAGAAAACUGAUGAUAUAGAUGAAUAUUGUCAUGCUAAAGAAGAGAAAACUGAUGAUAUAGUUGGAUAUUGGCAUGAUAAAGAAGAGAAAACUGAUGAUGUAGAUGAAUAUUGUCAUGUUAAAGAAGAGAAAACUGAAGAUAUUGAAACUGUUUAUCAGUGUAAUUUAUGUGAUGAAGAAUUUAAAUUAGAAACUGAUUUAGAGAAACACUGUGAAAUACAUGUUAAAGAAGAGAAUUCUGUUUUACAACAUGAUAAAUGUGAUAUUUGUAAUAUGUCGUUUAGUAAGAAUAGUGGUCUACAAGCACACAUGGGAAGUCAUACAGAAGAAAAACUUUUUUCUUGUGAUGUUUGUAGUAAAUCAUUCCCACACAAUAGUCUCCUUCAUAGACAUAUUAGAAGUCACACAGGUGAAAAACCAUAUAAAUGUGAUGUUUGUAGUAAAUCAUUUACUCAGCGUAGUACUCUACGAACACACAUGAGAAUUCAUACUGGUGAAAAACCUUUUAUAUGUGAUAUUUGUAAUAAAUCAUUUACUGACCGCAGCGGUCUACAGAAACACAUAAAGUGUCAUGCGGGAGAAAGACACUUUACAUGUGAUGUUUGUGGUAAAUCAUUUACUAACAGUAGUCAUCUACAUAGACACAUUAGAAUACAUACUGGGGAUAAACCAUUUAAAUGUGAUGUUUGUAGUAAAUCAUUUACUGAUACUAGUGGCCUGCAGCGACAUAUGAGAAUUCACACUGGUGAUAAACCUUAUAAAUGUGAUGUUUGUAGUAAAUCAUUUAAUCAGAGUGCAGCUCUACUAACACAUGUCAGAAUUCAUACAGGUGAAAGACCUUAUAAAUGUGAUGUUUGUAGUAAAUCAUUUACUGAUAGUAGUGGUCUGCAGCAACACCAGAGAACUCAUACUGGAAUGAAACGCACUCGGCAGAUUCCGGUACACUACAUCUAACCUCGGCUGUAUGAUAGUAUUUGAUAUGUACCUACGCCCAUACAUUUGCGAUGCGGUUACCGAUUUACUUUAACAGGAAAACGUGUCACUUUUACAAAAAAGUCCAAAAAUGGCGUCUUUUGUCGAGUGUAUAUAACUAAAUGAGCAGAGAUAUUGUCUUAAGGCUGCUGGUUUGAUAUAACUCCCCAAACCCCAUGCCAAACUUGACGUUUGUUGAUAUAAUACACUCCCCACAGAAAUCUCCACGGGCGCAGCCAUUUUUCAUCCGGGACCUUUAAAAUAGUUCCAAUAUGGCGGAAAUCGUCAUACAGCCGAGAUUAGAUGCGUAGAAUCUGUCGAGGUUUGCUGAAUGGAGUGAAACCCAUUCACAUGUGAUGUCUGUAGUAAAUUGUAGCACAAAACAAAAAUUUCCUCAAUUCUGAUUGGUCGAAAAGUGUGGUCAAAUGGACAAUAAACCCCUUCUAAAUUAUCAAGAUGCAUUACUGCGUAUAAAUAUAACAGUGUACUGUUGUUUUUUUUAAUUUAUGUGCUCAAAUGUCUUCCUCAACUCAAAUCUUUAUUGGUAAAUAUCUUCAAGAAUUCUGCACACAUGACUAUCACCCCAUUGUCAAAGAUCGUUUUUUAUGAAAACACAUUUCUGAAAUACAUAAAACAGUAGAAAAUCUGUCAUAAAUUAAUUAAAACCGUUUUCAAGUAUCCUAAAUUAUUUGUUACUAGGCAGUGACACUAAGGGCAUUUUUGUUUUCUCUUUUGGUAGGCUAGCUUCACUCACCAAUUUUUAGGACUUAAUCAGGUGGAAUUUUAAAAUCACGCUUUGAUCAAAUUCUGACUGACAUGAUCUGCCUAAUAAUAAGUCAUUAGUCACAAGAAAUAGCUUUAAAAUAUAAUGAGGGAGUCCAAAAUAGUAGGCUGAACUGGGCCUAAUAAAAAGGAAUUCUAUGCCCCAAUUGACAUUUGUUGACGACAUGUCAGAACAGUAUACAUAGCAACUGCUAGAAUCCUAGACAUCACACAGUUUUAUAGGGUAUUUUUUAGGAUGUAAGUAUGAAAGGCAACUGUAUAAACAAGAACUAGAUACAGUCUGGAAUUAAAAUAAUAAUGUCUGAAAACUUACCAAUGUUCUAUUGAUUCAAGCAUGGUUAAAUGGACAAUAAACCCCCCGAUAAAUACGAAACAGGGGCAUAUUCAUCUCCCGAUUGUUUUCUGAUACUAGUGGUCUGCAGCAACACAGGAGAAAAAACCUUUUAAAUGUGAUGUUUGUAGUAAAUCAUUCACCUGAAGAGACACACAAGAACACAUGCAAGCACAAGUCCACAAUAAACCAUUUACAGUGUAUUCCAAUCU